AAUAAAUAGAAAUCGUGAUUGCCAUCUUUUGAAAGGUCAAAGAUUUAUAAUAAAUUAAAAAUCAAAAAGUAUAUUUAUGGAAGAUGAUAUGCAAAGGCUGAAAUUUAAAUAGAUUAAAAACACCACCACUUAAGGAUCAUGUUAAUACAGUGGCCUACAAAAAAUAGAUUUUUAGGCUUCAAUUUUUAGACUCAAAAGAGUGGUGUUUCUUGAAAAGCCACAGGAGUGGAGCAACCUUAGUCUGGAAACAAGAGUUUUUCAUAAUUAGCAUAAAAUCAAAGAUUGGUACCAGUUAAUUUCAGAAAUAAUACCAAAGUAGAGAAAUGUCAUAGAGUGUCUGUAAGGGAUAUUAGAUUUGAUGAAAAAAUUCUUUAGUUUAUGUUGAGAGCAAAUUAUAUAUUAAUUGCAUCAGAAAAAAUUUAGAGAAGACAUGAAGUUGUUUUUAUGUGAAUAAACUUGAGAUCUAUAAGAAAGCAAAUCAACAUUAGAUCAUAACUUUGCUAGCAUUUGCUAAAAUAUUUAGAGUUACCAGGCAAUCAAAGAUUAUUAACAAAUCAUGAAAAUGACUCUAAGUAAAUAUUGAGGACUCAGUCACAGAUAUAUUUUUUCCUGAGGAAAACAGCAUGAUCAAGAAAAAACAAGUGCUCAGAGUCUCUUAGCAAAAACUACAUUUUAAAGAACUAGGGAAGACCCUGUUAGAAGUAAUAAAAAAUUAAAACCUGGUAUUUUAAAUAGAUAAAACACUUCAGUGUCACCAAGAGUUGACCUGAUAAAUCAAAGUAAAGAAAGAAGAACCUUGAGUACAUCAGGUUGUGAUUUGAUUUGUUUUUGUGUGAAUUCUUAAGAAAACUGCAUUUAGGUCAGCAAAGGAAAUGACUGAGACUCUUGUCAAAAUUACUAGACAACAAUAAAUUAAAGAAAUAAAAAUAAUAUAUGGUCCAUAACAGUGGUGGCAAACCUGUGGCACACUUUCCACAGCCAGCUGUUUAUUAUCAUUGAAAGCUCUGAAAGGGUUGCCAGCACUGGUCUAUAAUAUAAAUUAAAUUCUGGAAAUUACUAAAGCAUCCCAAUGAAAGAAACCCUACUAUCUAAAAUGCUUUUUCUACUCUUGUUUAAAUUGUUGUCAUCUAUGGUGAUUUUGAGUGAUGAUACUAAACUAUCAGCAUACUAGUAAAGUGAUCUUACAUUGUAAUCAGAACUGUCAGUAUGAAAUGGACUCUUCCCAGCUGAGAUUAUGACCUCAGUAAACUAAAAAUUCUUGUUUUUAUUUAAUAACUGGAGCUGAAUCCUUGAGUAUAUUUAAAAUAAAUUUAUAUUUAACAAAUAGCUUUUGUUUGUGAGGUAUCUAGAGGUUCUUGUCAAGGUGGAUUCAUAGAAAACAUGUCAGUAAUAACAAUCACCACAUAUGUGAAUAUAUGAAGCACAAAUUCUCAAGCCUUCAGGGACAAGGGCUGCCUUUGCAUUAGCACUUUUGAUUAUUAUAAUUGCCACCAUGUGUCAAGUAUAAAUGAGAAAUUCAACUUAAGAAUUUCAAAUUUUUAUAUAAUCGUCCUCCUUUCCUAUGUUAAGUAUUAUUUCUGAGUUUGGCUCUGUGUUCUGAAGUUCUCUAUUUUGAUCUUUUUAACCAUAAAACAUGGGAAUGUAAGCAUCUUUUUAGGUGUCCUUUGGGCUAGCUACUAAAAACUAAAUUCUUUUAUUUUAUUUGGUUCCUGAAAGCUGUAUGUUUUUCUCAUUGGAUAGGAGGAGACUUUUCCCUAAGAGCAGAAAGAACUCUGUUGUGAAAGUGUUAGCAUCCUUUUUGUCACUUACCCGUUAUGUGAGUUUGAAAAUGAUUUAACCUUUCAACUUCUUCUGUAAAAGAUUGGGAUCAUACUACAUGUUUUGUAAGGCCCUUUCUUGUUAUAAAACAUGAGUUAGAUAAUUUUUUAAAUGAAAUUAUUUCUGAGAGUCAAAAAAAGAAUCUUCAGAAAACCCACCCUGGAGGAUUUUCUGUCUCCUCUUGCUGCUGACUUGCCGAAGCUUGCUCUCCAAGGAAUGCAGUGCUGGUGGUGGUGAUGGUGCUUGCUCCGCAUUGGGUUCAUUUGGCUUUAUGAAAAGGUGUAAGGAGACUUCUGAAUAUGGGGCAUAUUCGGAUCUGCUUCAGCGUCAGAAGGCAACAGUGAUUGAGAAUAGCAAACUUACUGGAAAGAUAAAAGAAUUGGAAAAAAUGGUAGCUGAACUAAAAAAGCAAAAGUCUCGAGUAGAGGAAGAACUUCCAAAGGUCAAGGAGGCUGCAGAAAUUGAACUGAGAAAACAGCAGAGAAAUGUAGAAGACAUUGCUCUGCAGAAGAUAAGGGCUGAGAGUGAAGCCCAGCAGUACCGCAGGGAACUGGAGACCAUAGUGAGAGAGAAGGAAGCCACGGAACUCGAGCUGGAGCGGGUGAGGCAGCUCACCUUGGAGGCCGAGGCCAAAAGAGUAGCUGUGGAAACAAACCUCCUAAAUUUUCAGAGUCAGUUAGAGCAAAACACCUUUACAAGAAGAACACUGGAAGAUCAUCUUAAAAGGAAAGAUUCAAAUUUGAAUGAUUUGGAGCAACAAAAAAAUAAGUUAAUGGAAGAAUUAAGAAGAAAGAAAGACAGUGAGGAAGAACUCUUGAAGCUUGUAAAGCAGAUGGAAAGAGAUCUUACAUUUCAAAAACAGGUGGCAGAGAAACAGUUGAAGGAAAAGCAAAAGAUUGAAUUGGAAGCAAGAAGAAAAAUAAAUGAAAUUCAGUAUUCAUAUAGAGAAAAUACAUUACCAGCUUGUGCAAUCACACAGCCCAUGUCUCGGAUGGGAAUAGAAGGUUUUCAGAAAGAAUAUGACAAACAGAAAGCAGAAGAACUCAGACAGCAAGUGGAUGAACUGACCAUUGCCAAUAGAAGGGCAGAGAGGGACAUGAGAGACUUGAAGUAUGAGCUUAAUGCCCUCCAGCUUGAGAAGACUUCAUCUGAGGAAAAGGCUCGUUUGCUAAAAGAUAAAUUGGAUAAAACAGAUAAUGCGCUAAAGUAUCUUAAGUUGGAGUUGGAAAGGAAGGAUCAAGUAGAGGAGGGAUAUUCUCAGCAACUCAGAGAACUUAGUAGGCAGUUGAACCAAACCACAGAUAAAGCAGAAGAAGUCAUGCAAGAAGCAAAUGAUCUCAAGAAAAUAAAGGAGAGUUAUCAGUUAGAAUUAGAAUCUCUCCAUCAUGAGAAAGGGAAACUACAAAAAGAAGUAGACAGAAUCACUAGGUCACAUGCUAUAGCUGAGAGAGAUAUUCAGUAUUUAAAUUCCCAAAUUCAUUCUUUUCAGGAUGAGAAGGAAUUCUGUAAAGAAAGAAGGCAACUCUCCCAGAGAAAAUCAGAUCACCUGAAAGAACAGUUUGAGAAAAGCCAUGAGCAGUUGCUUCAAAAUAUUAAAGCUGAGAAAGAAAAUAAUGAUAAAAUCCAGAAGCUUAAUAAAGAAUUGGAGAAAAGUAAUGAGUGUGCAGAAAUGCUGAAACAAAAAGUUAAUGAGCUUACUAGGCAGAAUAAUGAAACCAAAUUAAUGAUGCAGAGAAUUCAAGAAGAAUCAAAAAAUGUAGUCUUAGAGAAACAAGCCAUCCAGCAGAGAUGUGAAGUGCUGAAAACCCAGGCAGAUGGUUUUAAGGAUCAGUUACGCAAUACAAAUGAACACUUACAUAAACAGACAAAAGCAGAACAGGAUUUCCACAGAAAAAUUAAAAGCCUAGAAGAAGAUCUGGUUAAAAGUCAGAAUUUAGUAAGUGAAUUUAAACAAAAGUGUGACCAGCAGAACAUUAUCAUCCAGAACACUGAAAAAGAGGUUAGAAAUCUGAAUGCUGAGCUGAAUGCUUCCAAAGAGGAAAAGCGACGUGGGGAGCAGAAAGUUCAGCUGCAGCAAGCUCAAGUUCAGGAGUUAAAUAACAGGUUAAAAAAGGUACAAGAUGAACUGCACUUAAAGACCAUUGAAGAGCAGAUGACCCACAGAAAGAUGGCUCUGUUUCAGGAGGAGUCUGAUAAAUUCAAACAUUCUGCAGAGGAGUUUCGGAAAAAGAUGGAAAAAUUAAUGGAGUCCAAGGUCAUCACUGAAAAGGAUAUAUCAGGCAUUAAAUUUGACUUUGCAUCUCUUCAGCAAGAAAACUGCAGGGCUCAAGAAAAUGCCAAGCUUUGUGAAACAAAUAUUAAAGAACUUGAAAGUCAGCUCCAACAAUACCGUGAGCAAAUGCAACAAGGGAAGCAUGUGGAAGCAAAUCAUUACCAGAAGUGUCGGAAACUGGAAGAUGAGCUGAUAGCCCAGAAAUGUGAAGUUGAAAAGUUGAAGAAGAAAAUGGACCAACAGAUAAAGGAGCAUGAACACCAGUUAGUUUUGCUUCAGUGUGAAAUCCAGAAAAAGAAUAUUGGCAAAGACUGCACCUACACACCAGACUUUGAGGUGACUGUGAGGGAGCAUCAGCACUCUGGAGAGCUCCUCUGUAGGAGCACAGGACACCUAAGGGCCAGGUCUCCUCUGCUCAGAUGGCCUGAAGAGCCACAGCAGGUGGAAGAGAAAUGGCAGCAUCAGGUUGUUGAACAAAUACCAAAAGAAGUCCAGUUCUGGCCACCAGGGGCUCCACUUGAGAGAGAGAAAAGCCAGCAGUGUUACUCUGAGUAUUUUUCUCAAACAAGCACUGAGUUACAGAUAACUUUUGAUGAGACAAACCCUGUUACAAGACUAUCAGAAAUAGAGAAAAUAAGAGAUCAAGCCCUGCACAACUCGAGACCACCUGUUAGGUACCAAGAUGACAAACAUGAGAUGGAAUUGGUGAAGCUUUUGACCCCCUUGGAGAUAGUUAAGAAUAAGCAGUAUGAUAUGCAUACAGAAGUCACAUCAUUAAAACAAGAAAAGAACCCAGUUCCUAGUGCUGAAGAACGGAUGCCAGAAGGGUGCAGAGCGUCUGGUGGACUCGGGAGAGAUUUCUUUAAGAAAGACUCAGAAGCAGAGACUUCCCAGCACAUUGAUGGCAAUCAUGUGUAUUCAGUUAGGGAUGAUGAGUUUAAGUUCCAAGGGCUCAGGCACACUGUGUCUGCCCAGCAGUUGGUCGAAGCUAAGCUUCUGGACAUGAGAAUUAUGGAGCAGCUGCGACUUGGUCUGAAGACUGUUGAGGAAGUUCAGAAAAGUCUUAGCAAGUUUUUGACAAAAGCCACCUCAAUUGCAGGGCUUUAUCUAGAGUCUACAAAAGAAAAGAUUUCAUUUGUGUCAGCAGCCAAGAAAAUCAUAAUAGACAAAAUGACAGCUUUAGCCUUUUUAGAAGCUCAAGCUGCAACAGGUUUUAUAAUUGAUCCCAUUUCAGGUCAGACAUAUUCUGUUGAAGAUGCAGUUCUUAAAGGGGUAAUUGAGCCUGAGUUCAGAAUUAGGCUUCUUGAAGCAGAGAAGGCGGCCCUGGGAUAUGCCUGUUCGUCUAAGGCAUUGUCAGUAUUCCAAGCUAUGGAAAAUAGAAUGCUUGACAGACAAAAAGGUAAACAUAUCUUAGAGGCUCAGAUUGCCAGUGGGGGCGUCAUUGACCCUGUGAGAGGCAUCCGUGUUCCUCCAGAAAUUGCUCUACAGCUGGGCUUGUUAAAUAAUGCCAUCUUGCAGUUUUUGCAUGAACCAUCCAGCAAUACUAGAGUUUUUCCUAAUCCCAAUAACAAGCAAGCUCUGUAUUACUCAGAAUUGUUGCAAAUGUGUGUGUUCGAUGUAGAUUGCCAGUGCUUUCUGUUGCCAUUUGGGGAAAGGGACAUUUCCAAUCUCAGUGUAGCAAAAACUCAUAAAAUUUCUGUGGUUGAUAUUAAAACAGGAGCAGAACUGAGUGCAUAUGAGGCUUUCCAGAGAAAUCUAAUUGACAAAAGCAUUUAUCUUGAGCUUUCAGAACAGCAGUAUCAAUGGAAGGAAGCAACGUUUUUUGAAUCCUAUGGGCAACCUUCUCAUAUGCUGACAGAUAUCAAGACAGGAUUACAGUUUAAUAUUAAUGAAGCCAUAGAGCAGGGGACAGUUGACAAAGUUUUGGUCCAAAAGUAUCAGGAAGGCCUCAUCACACUUACAGAGCUUGCUGAUUCUUUGCUGAGCCAGUUAGUUCCCAAGAAAGAUCUGCAUAGUCCUAUUGCAGGCUACUGGCUGACUUCAAGUGGGGAGAGGAUCUCCUUACUAAAGGCUUCCAGAAGAAAUUUGGUGGACCGGAUUACUGCCCUCAGGUGUCUGGAGGCCCAAGUCAGUACAGGGGGGGUAAUCGAUCCCCUGACUGGCAAGAAGUACAGGGUGGCUGAAGCUCUGCAUAGAGGCCUUGUUGAUGAGGGCUUCGCCCAGCAGCUGCGACAGUGUGAGUUGGUGAUCACAGGGAUUGGUCAUCCUGUCACUAACAAAGUGAUGUCAGUGGUGGAAGCUGUAAAUGCCAAUAUCAUAAGUAGGGAAAUGGGAAUCCGAUGCCUAGAGUUUCAGUACUUGACAGGGGGCUUGAUAGAACCUCAGGCUCAUGCUCGGUUGUCAGUAGAAGAGGCUCUCCAAGUAGGUAUCAUAGAUGUGCUUGUCGCUACCAGACUCAAGGAUCACAAGUCAUACAUCAGAAACAUAUUAUGUCCCCAGACCAAAAGAAAGCUGACUUAUAAGGAAGCCUUAGAAAAAGCUGAUUUUGAUUUCUACACAGGACUUAAACUGAUAGAAGUGUCUGAACCUUUGAUGACAGGAAUUUCUAGUCUUUACUAUUCUUCCUAAUAGACUUGUUUAAGUAACUGUAAAGGGGGCCGUGCUGGCUGCCGCGUGCCAUCUGUCUAGAGUAGAUGGAAUUGGCUAAACGCGUAGUCUAGGAAUUGGGCAACUGACUCAAAUCACUGUUUGUUUCUUGAAGCUUCAAAAUAGUUUACUGCUCAAGACAUAAUAAUUUUUAAUUGAAAAUAACAAAAAAUUUGAUGCCCUUAAAAUGGUUCCAUUUAGCUUUCAGGAUAGUUGUUUUGAAUCUUACCCACACUAAAGUAAACAUAUUUGCUGGGUGUGGUGGUACACGUCUGUGAUCCUGGCACUUCAGAGGCUGAGGCAGGAGGAUAGCCAUAAGUUUGAGGCCAGCUUAGGUUACAUAAUGAGUUCAAGACCAGCCUGAACUACAUGAUGAGACCCUGACUCAAAUAAAAUAAAAUAAUCCUGUUUUACCUGCAAUGUGGAAUAAGCUUGAUGAACCUCAGCGUUUCACAGCAUCAUUUCUUCAGACCUACCUUUCCCUGUAUGGAUCCAACCUGGGGAUUUCAUUCCCCUUAUUAAAUGAUGUGCUGUGCUUGGUGAAACAGCACCCUACAGAGCACCAUGGAGUCGAAGGAAAAGAUGGGAAUCCAUUCCCUUAUCCCUGAGGCUCAGAUUGGCACUGCUUCAGAAAAAUAAAAAGUUUUGUUUUCUGUAUGUAGUAACUUUCUUUACAUAUUAAAAUGUUUACUGUAAUCUCUCUGAAUUAAAAGCUAACAUUAUGAAUGUAUUGGGUAUUGGAGGAGGGGAAGAUUUUUCCUUGUUCUUUUUAUUUUUCUGUGAGUAGACAUGAUCAGUUUCCAUUGCCUGAUACUUCUCUGUCCAGACAAUCCAGAUUGUAAUGCUAAUGCAAAGGCAGCCAUCUAGAAUCAUCUAGGGCCUCAUGAAUAAAGCCGAGUUCCUUUGUCAUAUUCAUGGAGCUGCUGGGAAGUUAGACUGGGGAUGAAAGAAUGUUUAUCACAGCUUUCUUUGCUACAGUAAAUAUUUUGGAAGUACAUCUGCUUUGUGACAUAAACAUGGUUAAGUGAAUGAAUAAAAUAUCUCAGUAACCCA